UCAGACCACUUUUGCUCUCUCUUUGUUUUUUUGUUCUGCUUUUGAGAGGGUUCUUUUUUUCUAUAUACUGAUCUCUUUAGUUUAGAUAUUCAGAUUUCAGGUCAUCAAUAACAAACUCUACAAUUUGUCUUUCUUCUUCAUUCUCUCUGACUCUCAGACUUCUACAACCACGCACACAUUCCCUCACUCGCUGGCCACCUUUAUGUUAAGCCAACAAGUCAGUUUUCUUGAUUGGUUUUUGUUUCUUUUACAGUAAGGUAUCAUACCAUGUUCUUCCUCUUCUCUCACUACUACUCUUCCAUGAUGCACCAUGGAACUGAUUUUCUCCUCCAACCUAUUUUCACACGAGGGGUGUCUGCUUCACUCAACCUAGUUUUGUUACUUGUGCUUGUUGUGUAUUGGGUAUGGAAGAAAGUGCAAGUGGACCACAGAGAAAAGAGUGAGAGAAAAGGAUUCCGUAAUGCUGGUUUCUUGUACUACAAACACAGUCUGGUUUGUAGCUUAGUUAUUUGUGUGUUCAACCUUGUGUUGUGCUUACUAAGUUACUUUUACUUGUAUAACAAUUAUGGUUCAGAGGAGCUUGUCACACUUACUGAUUUAGCUCUCAAAACCAUUGUUUGGGGUGCUGUUUGUGCUUAUUUACAUUCUAGAAACUCCGAGGCACAGGAUCCGAGUUUACCACGUAUGUUGAGAAUUUGGUGGUGGGUCUAUGCCUUUGUUUGUUGUUCUUGCCUUGUUAUUGACUUCGUAGUCUAUGCAAAGCAUAUUUUCUUGCCAGUUAUGUAUCUUGUUUAUGAUAUAGGCUCCUCUAUUACGAGUUUAUUUCUAUGUUAUGUUGGAUCACUUGGAUGUUCUGUUAACAGUAUGGCUAAGCUUGCCCCACUUGAAGAGCCCCUUUUGAAUGGUGACUCUAAUGUAAGCAACAAUUCUGUUCCCAUUAAGGCUAGAGGAAAUGAAAAUUUAACCUGGUAUUCAAAUGCUGGAUUUUUCAGCAUUCUUACUUUCUCAUGGAUCAGUCCUUUAAUAACUCUAGGGAAUGAGAAGACUUUAGAGCAUGAGGAUCUCCCACAUCUUGCUACUGAUGACAGUGUGGCUGGGAUUUUCCCAACUCUUAGAAACAAACUUGAGUCAGAGUGUGGUAGUGUUAGGAAUGUGACCACUCUUAAGCUCGUGAAGGUGUUAUUCUUGUCAACUUGGCAAGGAAUCCUUUUAUCAGGUUUAUUAGAAUUCCUAUAUUCAUGUGCUUCUUAUGUUGGACCCUUUCUUAUUGACAUCCUUGUUCAGUACCUCAAUGGGGAACACAAGUUUAAAAAUGAAGGUUAUGUUUUGGCUAUGGCAUUUGUUGCUGCAAAGCUUUUGGAGUGUGUUUCACAAAGGCACUGUAUGUUUAGGUUCCAGCAGGUUGGGGUAAGCGUGCAAUCAAAGUUGGUGGCAAUGAUUUAUGCUAAAGGUUUGACACUUUCAUGUCAAUCAAAGGAGGUUCGUAGUACUGGGGAAAUCAUCAACUUGAUGACUGUUGAUGCUGAAAGGAUUGGUGAAUUUUGUUGGUACAUGCAUGAUCCAUGGAUGUGUGUUCUGCAAGUUGCUUUGGCCUUGUUAAUUCUCUAUAGAAGUGUAGGGGUUGCUUCAAUAGCUGCUCUUGCUGCCACUGUAACUGUGAUGUUGCUAAACCUUCCUUUGUCAUCAUUGCAAGAAAAGUUCCAAGGCAAGGUAAUGGAGUUCAAAGAUAAAAGAAUGAAGGCUACGUCUGAGAUUCUGAAGAAUAUGAGGAUUCUAAAACUGCAAGCAUGGGAGAUGAAGUUCUUGUCAAAGGUUAUUCAGCUUAGGAAGACUGAGGAGAUAUGGCUACACAAAUUUCUAGCUGGUACAGCAAUUAUUAGAUUUCUCUUCACUAACGCCCCAACUUUUAUUGCUGUGGUUACAUUCGGUGCUUGUGUUCUCAUGGGAAUCCCACUUGAAUCAGGGAAGGUCUUAUCUGCACUUGCAACAUUCAGAAUUCUUCAAAUGCCCAUCUACAAUCUUCCUGACACGAUUUCAAUGAUUACACAAACUAAAGUUUCCCUUGAUAGGAUUGCAUCAUUUCUUCGCCUAGAUGAGUUGCAGACUGAUGUAAUAGAGAAGCUUCCUUGGGGUAGUUCUGAUAAGGCAAUUGAAUUAGUAGAUGGAAAUUUCUCUUGGGAUUUAUCUUCCCCUAUUACAACAUUGAAAAACAUCAAUCUCAAAGUUUUUCAUGGUAUGAGGGUUGCUGUAUGUGGUACUGUUGGAUCAGGCAAGUCUAGUUUACUUUCUUGUAUAAUAGGGGAAGUACCAAAGAUAUCGGGAACGCUUAAGAUAUGUGGAACAAAGGCUUAUGUUUCUCAAUCGCCAUGGAUACAGGGAGGCAAGAUAGAAGACAACAUAUUAUUUGGUAAAGAGAUGGACCGGGAAAAGUAUGAGAAGAUUCUAGAAGCAUGUUCCUUAACAAAAGACCUUGAGGUUCUACCAUUUGGUGAUCAGACCAUUAUUGGAGAGAAGGGGAUCAAUUUGAGUGGUGGACAGAAACAAAGAGUACAAAUAGCCCGUGCUCUAUACCAAGAUGCUGACAUAUAUCUGUUUGAUGAUCCCUUCAGUGCUGUUGAUGCUCAUACAGGAUCUCAUCUAUUUAAGGAAUGCUUGCUAGGCAUUUUAAAAUCAAAAACUGUGAUAUACAUAACUCAUCAAGUAGAGUUCUUACCUGAUGCUGAUCUAAUAUUGGUCAUGAGAGAUGGAAGGAUAACACAGUCAGGAAACUACAAUGAUAUUCUCAAGACAGGCACUGAUUUUAUGGCACUUGUAGGUGCACACAGAGCAGCUUUGUCUUCAAUUAAGUCCUUAGAGAGAAGGCCAACAUUUAAAACAUCAAGUACCACCAAGGAGGACACAAAAUCAUUAAGUAAAAUAUAUGAUCAAAAGUCAGAUGACACAAUUGAGGCCAAAAGACAACUUGUUCAAGAAGAAAAACGGGAAAAGGGUAGAGUUGGGUUUAAUAUUUACUGGAAAUACAUCACAACAGCUUAUGGAGGAGCUCUUGUACCCUUCAUAUUACUUUCACAAACACUCACCGUGGGUUUUCAGAUUGCAAGCAAUUAUUGGAUGACUGUGGCAACACCUGUUUCAGCAACAGCAGAACCUGAUAUUGGAAGCUUUACACUUAUGGUUGUCUAUGUUGCUUUGGCUAUUGGAAGUUCCAUUUUCACCUUUGCCAGAGCAUUUCUUGCUGUGAUAGCUGGAUACAAGACAGCCACUGUUCUCUUCAAUAAAAUGCAUUUGUGCAUUUUUCAAGCACCGAUAUCCUUUUUUGAUGCCACCCCAAGUGGUCGAAUCCUUAAUAGAGCUUCAACAGACCAAAGUGCACUAGAUAUGAAAAUUGCUAAUAUAUUGUGGGCAAUUACCCUCAAUCUGGUUCAACUCUUGGGAAAUGUUGUUGUGAUGUCUCAAGCUGCAUGGCAGGUGUUUAUAGUAUUGAUUCCUGUCAUGGCAGCAUGCAUAUGGUACCAGCGAUACUAUUCUGCAUCAGCUAGAGAAUUGGCGCGAUUAGUUGGUACAUGCCAAGCUCCAGUUAUACAACAUUUUUCUGAAACAAUUUCUGGAUCAACAACCAUUAGAAGUUUUGAGCAAGAAUCAAGAUUUAAUGACAUCAAUAUGAAAUUGAUAGACAGAUAUUCCCAGCCCAAAUUAUACAGUGCAACUGCAAUGGCAUGGCUGAUUUUCAGAUUGGAUAUUUUAUCUACUCUCACUUUUGCCUUCUGUUUGGUUUUCUUGAUAACUUUUCCAAAUUCAAUGACUGCUCCUGGCAUUGCGGGAUUGGCUGUGACAUAUGGACUUAAUCUAAAUGCUGUACAAACUAAAGCAAUAUUGUUUCUUUGCAAUUUGGAGAACAAAAUUAUAUCUGUUGAAAGAAUGCUCCAGUACACAACCCUCCCAAGUGAAGCUCCUUUCGUAAUAAAAGACAACCAACCAGAUUAUUCUUGGCCAUUAUUUGGAGAGGUUCAUAUCCGGGAUUUACAGGUUCGGUAUGCUCCUCACUUGCCUAUUGUUUUGCGAGGUCUUACUUGCACUUUUACUGCCGGAGCAAAAACUGGUAUUGUGGGAAGAACAGGAAGUGGAAAAUCAACUCUUGUGCAAACACUUUUCAGACUUAUUGAACCUGUUGCUGGAGAAAUAUUGAUAGAUAACAUUAACAUCUCUUUGAUUGGAAUUCAUGAUUUGCGGUCUAGACUUAGCAUUAUUCCUCAAGAACCAACAAUGUUUGAAGGGACUGUAAGAACCAACCUGGAUCCACUGGAAGAGUACACGGAUGAACAGAUUUGGGAGGCUCUAGAUAUGUGCCAACUUGGAGAUGAAGUAAGGAGAAAAGAAGAGAAGCUUGACUCCAUAGUUAUGCAGAAUGGAGAAAAUUGGAGUAUGGGCCAAAGGCAACUGGUCUGCCUUGGCCGUGUUCUGCUUAAGAAAAGCAAGAUCUUGGUGCUUGAUGAAGCUACUGCAUCAGUUGAUACAGCCACAGAUAAUAUUAUUCAGCAAACAGUUACGCAACAUUUUUCAGAAUGUACAGUCAUUACCAUUGCUCAUAGGAUAACUUCAAUCCUUGAGAGUGACAUGGUUUUGUUUUUAAAUCAAGGGUUGAUUGAGGAAUAUGAUUCACCAAAGAAACUGCUUAAGAACAAAUCUUCAUCCCUAGCUCAACUAGUUGCAGAAUACACAAGGAGGUCAAACUCUGGUUUUGGAAAUUAAAUUGAAAUUAGCCUCAAAUCAGAUGUUCUUCAUGAUGAUACAAAUUUGCUGGUGUCUAGUUAGUAAGGUUGGACACACUAUAUGCAGUGUAAUGAUACAAGUAGUUAUCCUUACAGUGCAUGUGGCGUGUCCUACCUACCUUACUAAUGUUUUUAGUGGUUACACUUUAUAUUAAUCUCACCGAGACUUGUUGAGACUCACUCUGUCACGUACUAAUGCUCACAAAUAAUUUAUGCAUACUCUGUGAAUUGUGAUUCGGAUUAUUGCAAUGUAAACGAUCUGAGUGCAA